AUGGCUUCCAAGGGCCUCAAGGCCAGCUUCUCUUCGGGGUCUCUCAAGGGCCUGGGAGGGGCUGGCGGGGGCUCCGCUCGCGUGUCCGCGAUGUACUCCAGCAGCUCUUGCAAGCUCCCGAGCCUCUCCCGCGGGGCCCGGAGUUUCUCUGCGUGCUCCGUUGGGCUGGGCAGGAGCAGCUGCAGGGUGGCCAGCUGCCUCCCUGCUCUCUGCCUCCCGUCCGGAGGCUUUGCCACCAGCUACAGCCUGGGCGGGGGCUGGUUUGGGGAGGGCAUCCUCACUGGCAGCGAGAAGGAGACCAUGCAGUCCCUGAACGACCGCCUGGCCAGCUACUUGGAGAAGGUGCGCCAGCUGGAGCGCGAGAACGCCAGCCUGGAGAGCCGCAUCCGGGAGUGGUGUGAGCAGCAGGUGCCCUACCUGUGCCCCGACUACCAGUCCUACUUCCGGACCAUCGAGGAGCUCCAGAAGAAGACCCUGUGCACCAAGGCAGAGAACGCCAGGCUGGUGGUGCAGAUCGACAACGCCAAGCUGGCCGCAGACGACUUCAGAACCAAGUACGAGACGGAGCUGUCCAUGCGGCAGCUGGUGGAGACGGACAUGAACGGCCUGCGCAGGAUCCUGGAUGAUCUGACCCUGUGCAAGUCCGACCUGGAGGCCCAGGUGGAGUCCCUGAAGGAGGAGCUGCUGUGCCUCAAGAAGAACCAUGAGGAGGAAGUGAACUCGCUGCGCUCCCAGCUUGGUGACCGGCUCAAUGUUGAGGUGGACGCUGCCCCACCUGUUGACCUGAACCGUGUUCUGGAUGAGAUGAGGUGCCAGUAUGAGACCCUGGUGGAGAAUAACCGCCGGGAUGCUGAAGAAUGGUUCAACACUCAGACCGAGGAGCUGAACCAGCAGGUGGUGUCCAGCUCGGAGCAGCUGCAGUCCUGCCAGGCAGAGAUCAUCGAACUGAGACGCACGGUCAAUGCCCUGGAGAUCGAGCUGCAGGCCCAGCAGAGCAUGCGAGAUGCUUUGGAAUCCACCCUGGCGGAGACUGAGGCCCGCUACGGCUCCCAGCUGGGCCAGAUGCAGUGCCUGAUCAGCAACGUGGAGUCCCAGCUGGCUGAGAUCAGGAGUGACUUGGAGCGGCAGAACCAGGAGUACCAGGUGCUGCUGGAUGUGCGGGCCCGGCUGGAGUGCGAGAUCAACACAUACCGAGGCCUGCUGGAGAGCGAGGAGGGCAAGCUGCCCUGUAACCCAUGUGCUCCUGACCACUCGUCUGCCAAGUCGUGCCUCCCCUGCCUUCCUGCGGUCUCCUGCGGUCCCGGUGCGGUCCGCACCACCUGCAGCCCCCGCCCUAUGUGCGUGCCCUGCCCAGGGGGCCGGUUCUGA